CACCAGCAGCACCAGCAGCCGCAGCACCGCCGCCGCCGUGGCUCAGCCCCCCGCCCCCCCCGCGCCCCCCCAGGAUCAGGAGCCGACGUUUUUGUCAGCAUGAGAACGGAUUUCCGAGCUCAACUUCGGCGUUGUCAACGUUUAUUGGAACCGGGAGGGGGAGGGAACGGAACCGGAACCGGAGGUGUUGUUGGGGGGGGUCCCGAAAUCCGCCUUCAUGGGUUGGGUUUGGCCGUCACGAGAGCCAUCAACCUGGCCCUACAACUGCAGGCGGCCUCACCUGGAGCCCUACAACUGCACGCCAGCACCUCUUCCGUCACCCUGCCCGCCUGGGGGGGCUCCGGGGACCCCCCCCAGCACCCUCACGAUGAUGAAGACCCCGACGUCCCCCCCCUGCCCCCCCAGGAGGAUUCACCCGACGUCUCUGCCAUGAGACCCCGGCACAACUCGGCCAUCCACAUCCGCGUGUGCCGCGAGGCUCCGUGUGUGUGAGGCGAUGGGGGGGGAGCAGGGGGGUUCUAGAGCGUCGCCGAAGGGUUCUGGAGCAUCAGAUGGGAUUUGUCAGGCAAAUUUGGGGUGCUCCGAGAGGUUCUGGAGUAUCAAAUGGGACUUUUCCAUUGAAUUUGGGGCGUUUUGUGUGAUUCUAGAGUGCCCUGAGAUGUUCUGGAGCAUCAAGUGGGACUUUUCCGUCAAUGCUGAGGCAUUGUGAGGGGUUCUAGAGCAACGAGUGGGACUUUUCUAUUGAGGUUGGGCUGCCUCGAUGGGUUCUAGAGCAUCAAUUGGGAUUUCUGCAUUGAACUCAGCACAUUUUGUGAGGUUCCGGAGUGCCCUGAGAUGUUCUGGAGCACUAAAUAGGACUUCUCCUUCAUGCUGAGGCGUUUUGGGGGGUUCUAGAGCAACGAGUGGGACUUUUCAAUUGAAGUUGGGGCACCCUGGGAGGUUCUCGAGCACCAACUGGGAUUUCUUCAUCGAAUUUGGGGCACCCUGAGAGGUUCUAGAGGGAGCCAGGAGGUUCUCGAGCGCUGAGUGGGAUAAUUCCGUUGAAUUUUGGCUGCUCUGAUGGGUUCUGGAGCAACAGCUGUGACUUCUCCAUCAGAGUUCGGGUCCUCUGGGAGGUUCUAGAGCGGCAACUGGACUUCUUCCUCAAUGCUGAGGUACUCUGAGAAGUUCUAAAUCACAAAUCUGGAUUCUUCCAUGAAAUUUGGGGUACCCUGAGAGGUUCUAGAGCAACCCAAGGUUUUCUAGAGCACCGAUUGGGACUUUUUUAUCAACGUUGAGGUGCCCUGAGAGGUUCUGGAGCACCAAGUGGAACUUUUCCAUCAAUGCUGAGGUACACCGAGAGGCUCUAGAGUGCCCCAACGUGUUCUAGAGCACCAAGGGAGAGUUUUCAAUUGAAGUUGGGGCAUCCUAAGAGGUUCUCGAGCACCAGUUGGGACUUCUCCAUGGAAUUUGGGGUGUUCUGUGAGGUUCUGGAGCAGCAAAUGGAACUUCUCCAUCAACGCUGAGGCAUGCUGAGUGGUUCUAGAGCGACCCAAGAUGUUCUGGAGCACCAAGUGGGAUUUGUUUCGUCAACAUUGAGCUUCCCCGAAAGGUUCUGGAGCGACCCGAGGGGUUCUGGAGGGGCAGCUGGACUUCUCCAUCAACGCUGAGGCACCUCAGGAAGUUCUGGAGCGUUCCCAGAAGUUCUAGAGCACCAAUUGGUGUUUCUUUGUUGAAGCUGGGGUGCACUAUAGGUUCCAGAGCACCAAGUGGGACUUCGCUGCCAACAUUGGGAGGUUCUAGAGCAUUCUGAGGUGUUCUAGAGCACCCAGUUGGGUAUUUCUAUUGAAGUGGGUGUCCUCUGGUAAGUUCUAGAGCACCAAGUGGGACCUUCCUGUCAUUGUUGAGGAACCGUGAGAGGUUCUGGAGUCCUCCAAGAUGUUCCAGAGCACCAAAUGAGACGUUCCUGUCCACAUUGAGGAACCUCAAGAGGUUCUAGAGCACCUUAAGUUGCUCCAAAGCACCAAAUGAGUUUUUUUCUGUCAAGCGUGAGGUAAUUCAAGAAGUUCUGGAGCGCCCCAACAUGUUCUGGAGCAACAAAUGGGAUUUUUUUCAUGUAGCUGGAGGACCCCAAGAUGUUCCAGAGCGCCAAAAUAGGUCAUUUGUCACUAUUCAAGCAUCCCAAGGUGUUCUGGAGCACGCUAGAAUGUUCUAGAGCAGCAGAUGGAACUCGUAUGUUCUGUCUUGAGGCACGCUGAGAUGGUUCUAGAGCGCCCAACAGGACUCCUGUGUCAACAUUGAGGCACACUGAGAGGUUCUGGAGCGCCCCAAGGUGUUCUAGAGCAUCAAAUAGGUUUUCUGUGUUGUCAUUGAGGUACCCCAAGAUGUUGUGGAGGUUCCCAGUGUGUUCUGGAGCACCAGGCAGGGUCUAUUCGUCACCAUUGAGGCACUUUGAGGUGUUCUAGAGCACCAGGUGGGCUUUACGUGGCAGUGCUGAGACACUGAGAGAUUCUGGAGCACCAGAUAGGAUUUGUCUGUUAGCAUUCGGGCAAACCACGGUGUUCUAGAGCACCAAAUGGGUCUUGUCUGUCAACAUUGAGGCACCCCAAGGUGUUCUGGAGCACCUGGGGAUGAUCUAGAGCACCAGCUAGGAUUUCUGUGUCAUCAUUGAGGCAGCCUGAGAUGUUCUGGAGCACUUGGAGAUGUUCUAGAUUGCCAGACAGGCCCUAUUUAUCA